AUGCAUAACAACAAAGGACCUGAAAUGAUAUCUUACGAAAUAUUCGAAGAAAUACGAAAGCAACUCGGAUGGCAAAAAAUAAUCUUGUCCUUUGCGUUCUUUACAACGAGAAAGGCAAGGGAAGUUGAAGAUACUGACGGGACAGGAUAUCCGAAAAACAGUGAUAAUUAUUCGCCAAAAAAUGCGAGGAGACCGAGAGGAGAUUAUUGGGAAAUUGGACAAGGCAAGAAAUUUUGGGCCUUCACGGAUAACAAAGAAAUUAGAAAGAGAAUAGAAAAUUUACUGCGAAACAGAGAAGUCGACAAGUCGGAAUAUGAAUAUGAUAGUAAUAAAACUCCAACCAGGGAAAAUCUGUUUGUAAAACAUAUGACAGAAACACCAAUAACCCUAAACAGAAAAGACGGAACUUCGGGAUCAGCCGAAGCCAUUAUACAUAGUUAUUAUGUAGUAAAAAAUACGAGUUCAAGAGCUAAAAUAUCGACGACGUGGCGGUUUCGGAACAGCAGUGUAUAUGAAGUACUCUGCGAUACGUUGGUUUUUGAUGGACUGCAUAUCUUAGUGUUUGAAGUACUCGGCGAUGCGUUGGCGAGCGAUGGCCCUCUUCGCGCUGCCCGUGAACGGAGAGGCGUAGCGUGUUGUGGUCGUGGUGGCGAGAAUUGA